CCGCCGCUGGCUUAGAACGUCGGUUAGCGGAGGGAGAAGCGCGCAACGACCAGAACGUGCCCUCCCUACCCAAGCCAGUCCCAGAAUGGCGUGGUCUGCGUCCUAGUCGCCCAGCCUGUGAACGAUUAACUGGUCCGAAUCGCGUGCGAUUUUCGAAAAUCUUGGACUCACGAACUCACCACCCACCCACAACACAACCACCGCCGCCUCGUGCCAUCAACAAAUUGCACCGGAUCGGAUUCGAUUGCGUGUAAAUAACGUUUUUGUGUGUGCCAACGUGAAACUGGGUGUUCUGUCGAGUGGUAUCGACGUACGCUGUGCGGCGGAAAGCACGGUUCACAACGCACACACGUUACGGAACGUCGUCGUGAGAACGAUGUGCGAGUUUCCAAUAUCCGCGGGGAACGAUGACGACUGAGGUGACCACGGUGAAGAUCGAAACGGACGACUCAGGAUCUGGACAGCAGGAAGGUAAGCCUUCGCCCUUGGCCCUGCUAGCGGCCACCUGCAGCAAGAUAGGCCCGACCGCCCAACAACACCACAUCCAACAACAACAACAGCAACAACAGCAGCAGCAGCAACAGCUGCAACAACACACCAUCAUAGCGACGAACGCUGAACAACAGUCGCCGCACAGCGGCGCCCCCACCACCUUCGUGAUGUCGGCCACGUCGGCACCGGGUGGUAUCAAGGGGGUGCCGGUGGCGGCGGCCGCCACCGCCGGUCCGCAAGUUGUCAGCCUGCCGGUCGGGCUGCAACAGCAGCUACUGCAACAGCAGGUCGUGAACGCGGCCGCUGCGGCUGCCGCGGCCGGCCAGAACAUUGCAUACAACGUUAUGCAGCCCAUGCAGACCGUCACCGUCGACGGACAGGAGGCACUCUUCAUACCCGCCAUGUCGCUCGCAGGCGGGCAACAGCCGCAACAGAUAUUCAGUCCGGGUCAGAUAAUCCGGGCGCCCGGAGUCCUCCCGGCCAACCUCCAAAACCUGUCCACGGUGCAGCUGUCGAACGGCCAGAGCGUCGCAGUCCGCCCCUCACUGCCACAGGUCGUGCAGUUCCCGAUGCAACAGACAAUCCCCAUACAGGUGCCGAUCUCCUCCGGCAACGGCCAAACCAUCUACCAGACCAUACACUUCCCGGUGCAGCUGGCCGCCACGGCGACGAUGCCCAACAUAAUACAAGCGCAGCCGCAGCUCCUGCCCCAGAUGGCCAGCAUCAUAACGCCGAACGGGCAGCUGCAACAGGUGCAGAUAGCCACGGCGGCGACGGCGGCCACCUCGGUCGCCGCCCAGCACACGCCCACUUCCAUGACCCAGACGAUGACCACGGCCGACGGUCAGAACUUGACGCUGACCGGGCCGAACGGGCAACAGUUCACCGUCAUACCCACCACAGGGUUGCAGCAGGUCCGGGGCACCAACCUGGGCAACAUUAUUCAGGUGCCCAACAUCCAAACGAUACCUACCGUUCAAAAUAUUCCCGGUUUGGGAAAUGUGCAAGUGAUAACGCAACAAGCUCCCGCGACGCCUCAGAUCGCCGUUGGUCAGCACAUACAACAGGAUCCGAACGAUCCACACAAGUGGCAGGUGAUACCGAACGUGGCGACGGCACAAAGCGCCCAAUCACCCAUGGCCCCAGGUAUGGUGGUGACGACCACCACCGCCUCGCCUCAAGACGCGGGCGAGGCGACGCCCUCGGGCGAGAACAGCAACGACGGCAUGACGAAGAGGGUGCGGGUCGCCUGCACCUGUCCCAACUGCAAGGAAGGUGAACGACACUCCGACAGGAAGAAGCAGCACAUCUGUCACAUAGCCGGUUGCAACAAGGUGUACGGUAAGACGAGCCACCUACGCGCCCACCUCAGGUGGCACACGGGCGAACGUCCGUUCGUCUGCACGUGGCUGUUCUGCGGCAAACGAUUCACCAGGUCGGACGAGCUGCAGCGGCACAGGCGAACGCACACGGGGGAGAAGCGGUUCCAGUGUCACGAGUGCAGCAAGAAGUUUAUGCGGUCCGACCAUCUGAGCAAGCAUCUGCGCACCCACCAGAAGCAGCGGAUAACUAAGCACGAAGCUACAGACGAGGACGAGGAACAGUGGGAGGCGGAGCAAGGCGGCGAGCAGCAGCAGCAACAGGCGGCGCCGCAGGCGCAACAGCAGCCGCAGCAGCAAACGGGGCAGCAGCAACAGACGGCCGAUAACAUGGGGGCCAUGUGGAUUACGGACAGUAAAAACAACGUCAAAUAUGCCAUCACUACACACUUAAAUUACUCUCAGGAAGCUGCAACGUCGACCCAAUCGGCGUCGUCGGACAGUUCGAGCAACGAAGAAAAAAUGAUGAUAACAAUAAGUACGUCGGAAGCGGAGGAACUGAUAAUUGCGGAACAAUUAGACUGUUAAAUGUUGAAGUUUUUUAGUCAAUUCCGAUUCAGAAUUUUUAUACGAACUUUUUCUAUUCGCAAAAAGCCUAAAACACACGCACACAACCUUGUUAGAACUUGUUGAACUUCAAAUUUAGGUUCCUUUAGUAUUUUAAGUCUUCCUGUUAAUCAAGAUGACGCGACGGAUCUCAUUGUUUUUACACUUUUCUUUUUAAUGAUGGACAAGCAUUGUUUGAUGAUUUAAAUUUUAUGAUCCUGUUAUUUAUUUUAUUGUACAUAGACAUGUAUUUAAUAUGUAAAAAAGUGCCCUGUAAUAUAUUUUUAUAUAAAAGUACAGAUCAAUACGAA